AUGUCCGAUCCUCAUUCGCAGAUCGGCCUCGGCCUCAAUAUUGGCGGUCCGUCUCACUUUACCGACCUCACCAACCUGGUCGCAUCGUCCCGCAAUGCUAUUGACGGCGUGAGUCAGGGUGCCGAGUCGAAUCUCAGCGCCCAUGGCGAUUUUGCUCCAUCAAGCCACCACAUGACCGUGGUCCACGGUGCGACCUACAGGACGAGCCCGCAGGACGUGCUCAUGAAGCACGCAUCUGCGGAUCUCAACGCCUUCACCAAUGCACAUAUCGGAAACAACGAGACCACUCCAUCGACACAACCGCACUGUCAGCAGCAGUAUCUGCAAUGCUCACCUAACCUUCAACACGCAGAGACCAAGUUAUCGACGUCCCAAUCGGGCACUCUUUCCCAAGCCUUUGGCGUCGACAUGGACUCUCAGCCCACCCAUGCACAGACGGCGACGCAAGGUCACACAGCGACUCACCACUAUUUUGACUCUCCAACGCGAUGCCACGACUUGCAAGCCAGCGACAACGCUCACUUGGGGCUCGAAGACGGUCAGAUCUCGGAUCAGGUCUCUCCCGACCAAGCCCUCGCCACCUCUGUGGAGCUCAAGAUGGAACACUCCCCUGAGUUCGAGCGAAAUGCAGUCAAGUCAUACCCUCCGUCACCACCCACUCGAUCCCAAAUGCUCCAGCAGACGAAUUUGCGUGCGCUCGAACAUGGCAUGCGGCCAAUUACCGGCCGUCACGUCCCUUCGCACCGGCCCAGUCACAGCCUAGGACAGGCUGCAGCGUUCAUUGGCACUGUUCCAUCUCGCGAUUUGCACUCGCACAGUCAUGCCAGCGCGCCCGUGUCGCCUUGCCAUGGUAUCAGCGCCGACACCUUCCCUGUUCUGUUUCACAACCCGGCACCUCGACAAGACAUGGGCCUCGGUAUGGCGGAACACAGUCCCGCGUUUGCUCAAAGUGGCGCGCAGAUGGCUGCAAUGAAUUCGGGCCCGUUUGCUGCUUCGAGUGGUCCCUCCGUAAGGUCGACGUCGCCCUCGGUCAGCUUGGCGUCUACAUCAAUGACUUCCAUCUCGCCCUUGGGAAGUGCUCGUAUCAAUCCUGACGGCUCUUUCACCUCGCAAGAGUCGUCUUUUGAUAGCAUCUCCAAUACGGCUUCUGGUUCUUUCAGUCGCGCCUCAUCCACGUCGGAAGAUGUCUUUUCGUUCGACGUUGGGGCUCUCAGUGUCGCUUCUUCUCUGCGCAUGACCAAGCAGAAGAAAAAGCUGCGCAACAUUGACCGCAAGAUGAUCUGCGACUAUUCGAACGCCAAUCCGGCCAUCAAGCAGGAUGCCAUCGCCAACGAGUUUGGCAUCGAGCGCAGCACCGUCAGCAAGAUCCUCAAACAGAAGGAGAAAUGGCUGGCGAUCGAGCCCGGCAGCGAAGCGGCAAAGAUCGCCAAACACCGCGCUAUCAAGUUUCCCGCCGUCGAGGACCGCUUGAGUGGCUGGGUCGCACAACUAAAGGCACGCGGUGAAGCAAUCCGCGACUCGACCAUCCGAAACGAGGCGCUCCGCAUCGCUCGAGAGCUCGGUCUCGGCGAGGACAAGUUCAAAGCAUCAGGCGGCUGGAUCGAAAAGUUCAGAGAGCGCAACCAGAUCCCUAAGCCGCAACCUGCGGAGGGCAGCAGUUCGCUUUCGGAUGCAGGAGCAACGAAGAGAGAACCCGCCGCAGUGUCGAAUGGUGGUGGCGUGCCGCUUGCGCCUCGGCCAGGGACUCCUUCACAGUCAGGCUCUAGCAACCAGUCCCAACCCGCUCGUCGCCAACCAGCACGAAGCAGCAAGGCGAAAGGAACGCCUCAGAAGCGAGCCAGAGACGAACAAGAGGCAACGCAAGCUAUAUUGGGCAUGUCACCUCUCAGUCAAGACAUGGAGCGCAUGCACUUCCAGAGCGGCGGUCCUCCUGGAUGCAUGCCUGACUCCGCUUUCUUCCGGCAAACACUUUACUUUGGCCAUCCUAGCAUGCCUCAGCUGCCCAUGCAAAAUUGCCCUGACAUGCACCACGGCCAUGGUGGUGUUUCAGACCCAUCUCAGCCCACCAAGGAAGAGGCAGAGUCGGACCUGAAGCGGAGACGAGCCAUGGACGAUGUCCAAGACAACCGAGCCGGCUUGGGUCUAGGCCCGCCGAUCGAGUUCCAGUUCCCUCUGGCCGCGGGUCCUUCGACAUCUUCGUCUCAGGUGCAUAUGUCAGCACAGUUGUCGCAAGCUCUAGGCCAGGCCAUGGUAACGCCGCCCAAGCCAACUACUCGAAACCGAAGAACACCCGCCAAGCCUGCGGAUCGCAGUGGCCGUGGACGCUCGCGUCGCGGAAAAGCACGACUGUCAAACGCCAACCACACGCCGCAGACGCCAUCGCCGCUGUCCAUGUCGCCGGCCGACGCUAGAGGGGGAGAGCCGACUUUUCAUGGUUUCCAUGGUUUCGAUGCUGCCGACGCCGAACAGCUCACCGCAGUUGCGCUUGAACGCAUCCGCGCGAUGCAGAACUCGGGCGAUGGGUCGUCGAUCGUGACUGCCGAGCAGGCACAGCAGUCUUUGGAGAUCAUUCUGAAGUUCCUUAGCGAGCAGCCAAGCGAUUUUUUGCCUCCCAACCACUUUAUGAUCUUUGGAAAUCUCCAGGCCAACAUCGAGCAAAAGAUUAGGGACCAGGCCACGGGCGACCAUGCUCCUGAGAGUAGCGGCUCGCAAAUGGCCUUGUCCUUGCAAAGCUCCGAGACCAACGGCGAGGCUGUCUCCGCCAGCGCCGAAGAACAUUAA